UAUAGACAAAAAAACACACAUAUAUAAAGAUGAUAUGCGAGGAGACAUAUCAUCAACAACCACAGGGACAGAUCAAGGAACAUAUGAUGACGAUGAUGAUGAUGGAUCCACACCAAAGUAGGAAAUCACCAUUAUCAUCGCCAUCAUCUCCAUCAUCAUCACCUAGAUCAUCAUCACCAAGAUCACCAUCAUUCAAUAACAUUAACAAUGAGGAGGAGAGGUUAGAAGUUGUGAAUAUGAGUGGGAUGGCCUUAGAAUCUCUCCCUAAUCCAUCAAUCAACUUAGCUCAGAUUUGCAAGCUUGAUCUCUCCAACAAUUAUCUUCAGACCAUACCAGAAUCACUUACAGCAAGACUACUCAACUUAAUAGCAUUAGAUGUUCAUUCUAAUCAGCUCAAAGCUCUUCCAAAUUCCAUUGGUUGUCUCUCCAAACUCAAGACCCUCAACGUCUCUGGAAACUUUCUUGUUUCACUCCCCAAAUCUAUCCAGCAUUGCAGGUCACUGGAAGAACUCAAUGCAAACUUCAACAAACUCAUUAGAUUACCAGACUCCAUUGGAUACGAACUCACCAAUCUAAGAAAACUCUCUAUCAACUCCAACAAGCUCAUUAGCCUCCCAAUCUCCAUUACUCACCUUACUUCUCUUCGUGUCCUCGACGCUCGUCUCAAUUGCCUCAUGAUUCUCCCAGAUGAUCUAGAGAAUCUCAUCAACCUCGAGAUCCUCAAUGUCAGCCAGAACUUCCAGUACCUUACAGCCCUCCCAUCUUCCAUUGGCCUCUUAAUGAACCUCAUAGAGCUUGAUGUUAGCUACAACAAGAUCACUGUCUUGCCUGAGUCCAUUGGCUGCAUGAGACGGCUAAGGAAACUGAGUGUUGAGGGAAACCCACUCGUGUCCCCUCCUGCUGAGGUGAUGGAGCAGAACUUGCAAGUGGUGAGAGAGUAUCUGACACAGAAGAUUAAUGGUACCGCACCAAGGAGUCCCAGCAAGAAGAAGUCAUGGGGGUUUGGUAAGCUAGUGAAGUAUGGGACGUUCAAUGGUGGAUCAAGGAGCUGGAAUAGGGAAGAGAGAGAAGGGUUCAUCAUGCCUGAAUACCGUUCUAUUGACAGUCUUACUUCACCGAGGUACUCUGGAAUGUUCUCUCCUCGCCGUCUCUUUUCUCCAAGAAAUUAUUUCAGCAGAUAAAAAUUCAGACAACAACACAGAGGUUCCAUGUUUCUACAAGCUAUAGAUACAUCUGUAGCAUCAAAAGCCAAAAAAAUCCAAAAUUUUCUAUCAUUUUAAAAUUUCAGUAUUAGUAAAAUGUAUAAAGAGUAACUCAAUAUGUUCAUCAGAUUCUAGAUUUCUUGUUUUUUUCUUAAUUACAUAUUCUUGCUCCUGGUCUCUUUUUUUCCUAUGCACAUCAAAUUUUGUUCAUGAAUAAAUUAUUUCCUUCCCCA